AUGGCGCCCUCUGUCGUAAUGAUAGACACCUCGGACGACUUCUUCACUGCCCCGGUGGCGACGACACAGACGAAGCGAACUCUCCUCCUGGCGCCCCCGUCUCUCGCCUCUCACCCAACUGCGCUCACAAACGUCGUGUCUCAAUAUGAUCGCUCUGCUACAGAUCUUCAGAUGAUUGACCGGUUGUCAGCUGGUCUCGUCAAGCUGCCAUCUGCCACAUAUGACCUUGUCCUCGUCCUCGCCGAUGCGUCUUCCUCUCUUAACGAGACUCUACCCCUCUUGACUAGAAGCAUCCUCGGUCCCAUCGCAGAGUCACUAAAGCCCAAGGGGCGAUUGCAGUCACAGGAUGGCUCAGACUUGGGUCAGAACGCAACUCUGGCAAAGGAAGCCGUUCUGGCGGGCCUGGUUGCGUCCACUGGGGGCUUUGACAAGCCUGACUAUGGCGACGGAGAAGGCGUAGUUUCUCUUAAGCUGGGAGGCCGAAAGAAGAAGGUUGAGGCCCCGCCCGUCCAGAAGAUUGAAGUCAAGCCUGUUGCUCCUGCUGGCGUCGGCUUCAUCGACUUCUCUGACGACCUCGACGCCGAUUACGAUGAUGACGAGCUCAUCGACGAAGACACUCUCAUGACCGAAGAUGACCUCAAGCGACCCAUCAAUAUCCCUCCCGAAUGCCAGCCCAAAGCCGGCAAGCGCCGCCGCGCCUGCAAGGACUGCACCUGCGGCCUCGCCGAACGUCUCGAAGCUGAAGACGCCGCCAAGCGCGCAGCCGCCGACAAGGCUCUCCAGAGCGUCAAGCUCGCCGUCGACGACCUCACAGAGGUCGACUUCACCGUCCAGGGCAAGGUCGGUUCAUGUGGUAACUGCGCUCUGGGCGACGCUUUCCGGUGCGAUGGAUGCCCUUACAUUGGGCUCCCGCCGUUCAAGCCCGGUGAAGAGGUCAGGCUGCUGAACAACGAGAUUCAGCUGUGA